UUCAAUGGAGUGGAAGAUCUCAAACUUGUAUCAGACUAUGAUCUGCCAUCGUCAUUUCAAGGAAAGAUGGGAACCGUUCCAGGUGGAAACUAAAUCAUCAAAACAUAAGCAAGUCAUUUAUUUCUGCUGUCUUAUUCCAGGUGACAAUCUUGCUGACAAUUCUGGACUAGGCAGUGGGAGGGUGACAAAGACAUUGAGUUUUGCACCAGUUGCAGUAAAGAACAUCUUGCGAUGGACUUUCAAUGAUAUCUACAUAUGUGCGUGCAACUUGACAACUGCCAGUUGUCUGAGCAAUUAUUUCUAGAGAAAUCGUAUCUGAAGAUCCAGCAAGCAGCAUGCCUCUAUUCCCGGUGCUGGCAAGGUCUGAGAAUGGCACCGCUGCCAACCAGUUCCACGUGCUCAACUCUAGCAGCGGCGGCUCUGUCAGACAGGCGAACGACGCCCCGAAGUUGGGCCGUUCGGCGCCGGUGCACGCCAUGACCACUUACAGCCCUCCGGCCACCGGCUGGGCUUCAGCGACGGCAGUGGCCCUGCGUCCUCCGUUCGGAGCUGUGACGUCACCGAUGCAACAGACGCCCCCGGCGCACCUGCUGCAGCAGCUCAUGAUCUUAGCGGGGUCUUCUUCGCGGGCGCCGUGGAUGCAGAGCUACACGCAGGCAGGCCAGCCACCAUCUUUAUUCUCCCCUCCAGGAGAGCCCGUGGUAUGCUCUGCUUCUCCACAGAUACCGGCAGCUAGCUCUGGCGCCGUCCAUGGCGCCAUCUCCGCUGUACAGAGCGAUGCCAGCGGCAGCCACUUCAAUCCCAUGGACAUCGGUGCCGGCCGUGCCAUCGCAGCCAUACAAAGUGACGCCGGCGGAAUUCACAGUAGUCCCUGGGGCACCGGCGCCGGUCGUGGCGCUGUCACAACUGUAAAAAGCGACGCUGGUGGAAACCACAGUAAUUCCAGGGGCAACAGCGCCGGUCGUGGCACCAGCGCCAUUGAAAAAAGCGACGCCGGCGGUAAUCCCAGGGGCACUGUCGCCGGCUGCGGCAGACUGGCGAGCGCGCGGUCACUCGAGAUCGCCCCUGUCAGUACCACUGCCAUGCCACAGGCCGUGGGCGAUGGAGACACCGCUGCGAUGCAAGUUCUGGGCCCUGUGUUGGCCAUGCCGACCACCGGAGCUGCUGCCAAAAGGAAGGCUGCAGUUCGAUCGCCAAACGGCCGCCUACGGAAGCCACGCGCGCCCAUGGUGAGCAGGGGCACUCCUGCGGGGCCUAAGAAGGUCCCCAACAAGAAUGCCGUUGCCAUCUCCGGCGAACCGGCAGGCACGCAAACUGGUGCCCAAGGCAAUGAACUGCCGAAGGCUGUCUCCCCCGCAGCGCCGCUGACCAAAGGCAGGAAGAGGAAGAGCGUGGCCUCCGGCGCCGCACCCUCACUGGCAUCAAUGGCGCCGAGCAGCGCAGCCACCCGGUGCAGCCUUGUCACCAGGCGAAACAACAGAAGCAGCAGCACGGCGUCCACAGCGCGAGCAAAGAAGCACACCAUCCUGACAUGGCUGAUGGACAGCGGUGUGCUCAAGGAGAAAGAGAAGAUGUUCUACAUGACGAGGCCGGAGCUUGCUGCUGCAGGCAACAACAGCAACUGCGGCACCGCAAAAGUCGUCACUGGCACGGUCACCCGGGCCGGCAUUCACUGCAGCUGCUGCAACACCGCCAUGCCGGUCCCAGCUUUCACCUCCCACAUCGGCUUCAGUGACGAGACAUCGCAGCCGCUAGCGUGGGAGCAGCUCCUGCUCACGUCCGGCAAGCGGCUGCUGUGGUAUGUGCAAGAGGCGUGGAAGAAAGAGAGCAUGAGGAUAUUCCCCGCGGAGGAGAAGGCGGUGCUGGAGCAGGACAGGGACAGUAGCGCGCAGGCGAAGAAGAAGCUGAUUCUCAACGCCAGUCGAUGCAGGAAAUACGAUCUCGCCGUCGAGGGGGUCAAUGGCGGCGGGGACCAGAGUGACGAUGCGUGCGGCGUGUGCGCGGACGGCGGGCAACUGCUGUGCUGUGACAGCUGCCCGUCGACGUUCCACCCGGAGUGCCUCGGCGUGCAGGUGCCUGAAGGCUCCUGGGUCUGCCACUACUGCCGGUGCUUUGUGUGUCUCGCCCGCGAUGAUGGCCAUGACGGCGGCCUGUCCACGUGCCAGCAGUGCGCUCGCAAAUAUCACCAACAAUGCUGCCCGUCCCUGUUAGCCGGGCACGAGAUCAGCCCCUACUGCAGCAAAACCUGCAACAAGAUGGCUGCGAAGCUGGCUAAUAUAUUGGGAGCUACAAAUGCCGCCGGUGGAGAAGGCUUCUCAUGGUCCCUACUGAAGAUCCACAAGGACUCUACGCCUGGCUCCUCCUCAGAUUCUUGCGCCGACAUUGCCAUACUCGAGUGCAACGGGAAGCUGGCGGUGGCGCUGGGCGUGCUGAACAAGUGCUUCAACCCCAUGAAGGACAGGCGGACCGGCAUGGACAUGCUACACCAAGCUGUGUACAGCCUAGGAUCGGAGUUCAAGCGGCUGAGCUACGAAGGAUUCUACACCAUGGUCCUGGAGAAGGACGCGGAGAUCAUCUCAGUGGCAUUGGUCAGGUUUCACGGCAGCAAAUUGGCGGAGAUGCCGUUCGCGGGCACGCUGCCGCACUACCAGAGGCAGGGGAUGAUGCGCCGCCUUGUCAACGCCGUCGAGCAGGUUCUGUCGAUGUUGGAGGUGGAGAACCUGCUGAUUCCGGCGGUGCCCGAGGUGGUGGACACGUGGAAGCGUUCCUUCGGCUUCGCGCCCGUGGAACCACGGCUGAGGGAGGAGACCAAACAACUCAGCAUGGUCAUUGUCACCGGCACCACACUCCUCCAGAAACGCAUCAUCGCCGCUGCUGCGUCACCCUCCUCGAAGCAGCAACCACAUGCUGAGGACCAGGGUCAGGCGGCACCAGGUCAGGCGGCACCAGCGGCGCCGCCGAUGAGCGAGGACGAGCUGGCGUUCCUGGAGAUGGUCUGGCCGGUCUGCAGCUUCACCGACCUCGUUACCGGGAUCGCCUAUUCCCCACGCCCAUUCUGUGCAGACCCGCUGGCCGCCGCCGUCAGGGCUCCCGUGGGCAGUGGUUGUAGCCUGGGGAGGAGCUCUGCUGGUGGUGACGCUGGGGGGCGGCGGUCCUGUGGCAGCCAGGCGGCGGGCAGCUCUGGCGGUGGUGGCAGUAGCAGCGUGUUCAAGAACUACGCUGCGGCCGCGCGCGGCGGCAGCCUCCGGCUCGGCAUCAACAAGUGAUCGAUCGUGCCGUACGUGCGCGACGACGACGAGAUUUCAGAAGACUCUGUUGCGACUUUGGUUUUUUAGAGCCGAACUUGCUGUGACUUUGAUUCGGUCAUUUUGUUCCGUCGGUGACGUGGACCUGCAUGCUACACUGCUCCUUGGCGCUGGGUUGGUGUUUCCAGAUACUGUUCGAUCGUGCAACAUGACUUGGUUACUCUGAAA